GUUGCUGCAGAAAUCAACAGUGGAAAACUUACCCAAAUGAGUGAUUUUGGAGGAGGACGUCCACCUUCUGCACGAGGUUACAGACCACCUUCUGGGAAAGGAAUGAGACCAGGAAGUGGAGCAAGAGGAAGGAUGCCCCCAAGCUCUAUGGGAAGACCUCCAGGUACUGCUGCAAUGAGACUGCCUCCAGGAACUGGAAUGGCCCCAGGCACUGCCAGGCCAGGAUCAAGAGCUGGUGAAUUGGGUGGAGCUUUGAAUGCACAGAUAAGAGUAGCAGAGAGACCAAUGACAAAGCAAGGCUUAACUGGAAUGAAGACUUCAGCUGGCAGAGGUCCACAGAGGGCAAUUUAUGACAAGUCUUUCUACAUGGGGCAACUGAGGGCAAAAAUUACAGAGCUUGCAGCAGAGAUAGCAAAAAUGCAAAAAGAGGUUGACCAGUUCAACCAAGAGAAUGCAACAUUUCUAACUUAUGAAAAACGAGCUGAAGGUUUAGCCACAGAAAUCAAAGAACUCCAAGGACAAUUAGCUGAUUAUAACACGCUGUUGGACAAAAUUAACACAGACACAGAAAUGGAUGACAUUGUUCAAGACUUCAAUGCACUUAAAAUUCAGAAUGAGCGGGAACAGAAUUCCAUUGAUGAAUUAUUCACUCAGAGAAGAGAUAAAGAGCAGCAGAUAAAACAACUGGAGCUUGAACUUGACCAGGAACGGAGAAUGGCUGAGAGCUUGGUGGAAGACAUGCCUCCUGAUCAGAGAGCAAAGUAUGCUAAGUUGAAAAAUGUCAACAAUUCUCUGCAGACAGAACUUGAACAGAAACAGCAAGACCUGGAUGCUCUCACAACUCGCAUUCAGAAUCUUGAAGAUGAGGUAUCCAGUUCUCCAGUUAAACAAGAAGCAGUGACAUUAUACGAAAAAUUGAACGAACUGGGAGAGAAGAAACAAAGUUUGCUUGAUGAGAUGGAGAAAGAGAACAAAGGAACUCCUGCUGAAGAAAGAGAGAGACUCUUGAAACAGGUGAAAGAAGACAAUCAGGAGAUUGCAGGCAUGGAGCGAAAGACCUCUGAACUCCGAGAGAAAAUUGAAGCAGCAAACGGUGAAAUUCAACAGCUGGAUAUGGAUCUUGAAGAACAUCAAGGCGAACGAAAUGUGAAGUACAAAGAGUUGAAAAAGCGGGAAGAAACGAUGGACGAAUUUUUGGAAACGUUUGAGGAAGUUAAGGCCAAUGAACAGACGAGGAAGCAGCAGUUGGAAAACAACAUUGUGAACGUCUUGGAGCAUAUGAGCAGGGGAAUGGCACGUACAAAGCACUUACCCAGUCCGGCAGAACUUCAACGAAUGAAGGAUGAUCUAAACUUUAAAGAAACAGAAAUGCAUAAGUCCCAGUCUACGGCGACCAGUUUAGGGUCAGAGCACACCCGUCUUCAAAUGGAUCUGGAGAAAGUUGAGCAGCUCGAGACAAAAAUAACGACAGAACUUGAAUCACUGAAAGAAAGAAUCCAGACAAUGACGCAGGAACUUGAAACAUUUAGCGAUCUGGAUGCCCUGAGAGACCAGUCAGAGGAGAAAAAAACGCGUUUGUAUGGAGAAAAGAAGACACUGUCCGCAAGGAAAGAAACAUUUAAAAAGCACGUUCAGAGGCUGUCUUCACUUUAUGAUGCUACGAAGAGUAAACUGAUGGAAAACGAGACACAUUCUCAGCUUGGAAACUUAGAAAGAAAAUGGCAACACCAUGAACAAAACAACUUUGUCAUGAAGGAGUUUAUUGCUACAAAGAGCAUGGAGAGCGACUAUCGGCCUCUGAAGCAAAAUGUGUCUGAACAACUGGAGGACAUCAACAAACUGCUGAUCCAGUCUCUUGGAAAAUAACCUCUAACCUCUCACCCUGAUAUUUAUUAUAAAUUGUGGAUUGUCUAGAGAGUAAUUACGUGUUUACUUUGGUUUUACUUUUACUGAUAUUUCUUGAUGGUAUCAAAAACCAUCUACUGUGCCCUUUAGCAAAUCAGAGUACAUAUUCGGGUCAGUCUAACCAAUCAGGAGCAACCAACGAGGUCCUGUGUUUUCCCGCGCUUGGCGGUGUGAGUGGAUUGUUUUCCCGCGCGAAAUGCACUUAACUCGUUCAGUCUGGACGGUGGUUUGUUUAGCCUGAUAACGAAUCAAGGAUUCCUUUCUUCUUAUUCACAGACAAAUUUUUAGUUUGUUUAUUCCGUUAUUCAACUUACCCGUGAAAAAUCACAAUAUAAGUAGUGAGGGAAUGAUCUAAUCCGUGGGUGGUUUUGAUCGAAUGAGUUCAUAUACUGCAACCUAUGCAUACAAUUUUUGGUGGAAAAAAACUAGCAGACCCAUUCUCCUUCGCUUCUGGUUCUCAGGAUGUCACGCAAAGCAACUAAAAUCAAUCCAAGAUGAUUACUAAACUAAUUGAGGCAAGUCAGAGAGGAUAAAUUGUGUUAAUAUUUUUUUUUGUCAAAUGUAGGGUGGGUCCGCAUAAGGGGAUAUGGGUGACAACUGCACCACGCAUUACCCUUGAAAGUCGAGCACUUUAUUUUCAUUGUGGAGCAGCUUACUCACUACUUACUGCGGUCUCAUCACACUACAAUCUACCAAGACUUAUCAAUUAAUCGUGAACAAUUAUCAUGUCUCUCGCAUUUACUCGUUAUAAAAGGAAAAUACGUGUCCUUGUUUA